GAUGUUGCCUUUGCCGGCACUGGGGGCUGUGAUCAGGAUUCAGGCGGCCCGAUCGACAGCGGCGUCGGCAUCGGCAUCGGCCUCGGCAUCGGUAUCGGCAACGUGUCAGCUUUAAUUUGCUCCUGCGGGAUUUAGGUAAGCGGAUCCUUCGUUCGAAUCACACGUGAUGUCUCCGUUUGCUUUCCAUGGGUGAAAAGCAAUGCGACGAACAUCCUCAUCGCUUCAGGGUCCUUGUCCCCUUGUCCAAAUGGUUCCAACAAGACAAGUAACCAGUUGUGCUUGGCCGAUGAACGGAGCAACGGCUGUCAACAUGAAGUGCCAUCUCAUGCCCUGGGACCCAGAAUCGGACGAGCACGUGGAGAGGCUGAUCCAACAGAGGAUCGCGUGCGGGUGGAAUGCCGAGAGGGUGGCCUCGGAGUGGAAGGACGAGCAGUUGGCAGGCCAAAAGAGCAUUUUCUGGAUUGUCCUCUCGCCCGAUGAUCCAGACUUCGACACCCGGUUGAGUAGGCAUAUUGCCAAGUAUCCGAGCGAGAAGCUCCCCCUGAAGGACACAGGCCAGAGUACGUUCGUCCCUCGGACCGCUCGUGAGCCCAAGCUGGCCUCGUUCGUCCCCGUCGGCCACAUCUCCCUCGCCAAGGACGACCCGGCUGCAAGGGACCUCGACCUCGACCUGCCGUCGGCCGGCGUGAUGUGGAUCAAGGCCAUGUACGUGUCCGACGCGCUGCAGAACGGCGGGCUGGGACGAGCGGCCAUGGACGCCGCAGAGGGCAUGGCUAGCAGACCGCCUCUGAACGCGCGGGUUCUCGUCCUGGACACGGUGCAGAAGGACGACCAGCUGCGAGAGGAUUACGCCCUUGCCAUGUACGGUCGGGUGGCCAAGAUGUCAAACGAGGAAUGGUAUGCUCGGAGAGGCUAUCGGGUUUUGAAAGUCGUGCCGGGCUAUUAUGGCGAUGUGCCUGAUCGAUAUGGGCGUCAUUGGAUGGAGAUCAGGACGACCUUUAUGUGUAGGGACCUGGGGUCGUGAGGUUGUGUUAGAUGCGUACGAAGUAAAUCAUGUCUGGUAGAGACGAUGGGAAGGCCCUGGAAGGACUCUCAGAGUCUCAGCGUUGCAUGACCACAUGAUUCCGGGGCGCUCGGCCGUGAUUAUGGAAUUCUUCUUCGUCCGUCCGUCCUAGUCUCUCGUCUUCGCUACGGCCGAGCGUGCUUCGUGUCGUGCUCUCUCUGUAUU